AUGUUAUAUUUGCUCCUUCAGAAUAUCUGCAGUGUUUGUUUUGAAAAGUGCAGUAGCAAUGAUCCAAGCUUCAUUCUUCAUAAAUAUUAUCAACCAGGAGAACUCAUUAUUGGUGCUACAGUUUCUGAGUACAUUGUUGCUUCUGUAGAGACCAAAUUCACAAGACAUCCCUUUCAUGAUAUCAUCCCCGAGUUCCUUUCAGUGACUCAAGCCUACCAACUUGUCGUAGCCUUGGUGUUUGCUGUAAAGGAGAUUAAUGAAAAUGCCCAGAUCUUAAACAAUGUCACCCUAGGCUUCAAGAUCUAUAACACCUAUUAUAAUGCAAGAUAUACUUAUGCAGCCACCAUGGAACUGCUCUCUACUCAAAGCAGGUUCAUUCCUAACUAUAAAUGUGACCUCCAAAACAAUCUGAUAGCUGUUAUUGGGGGUCCAAACUCUUAUGAAUUUCUGUACAUGGCAAGCAUCUUGACCAAUUACAAAAUUGCACAGGUAGUACUACAAAAUGUGCUUCCCGUAUUUUUGAAAAAUGGCAUCUGCUUUGAUUUCAUAAGAAAACUGGGUGACGGCUCCCUCAAUGACUUUGACGAACUAGCAGAUGGGAUUCAUGAAACAUUUCUUUUUCUCUUGACCCGUACUUCUAAUACUGUGAUUGUUGAAGGUGAAUUUCAAAGUAUAGUAACUUUAAGGCAUUUCUUCAAAAUAGCUGAAUUUGUGGUAUCGUCAGGAUAUUCAAAAGUCUUGAUUAUGACAUCAGAUGUUGAUUACGUAUCCAUUCCCCUUCAGAGAGGUUGGGACUUAAAUUUCCUUCAUGGAUCUUUAUCCUUGGCAAUUAAUUUCAAGGAUGUUUCUGGCUUCCAUCAGUUUUUUCAAGCAAGAAACCCUGCUUUGGAGAAAGAAGAUGGCUUCAUAAGAGAAACCUGGCAACAGGUAUUUAAUUGUGUCUUCCCUAGUUUUACCGGAGACAAUAUGGGUGAGGACAUUUGCACUGGCAAAGAGCAGCUAGGGACUCUCCCUAUGUCAGUGCUUGAGAUGAGGAUGACUGCUCACAGUUACAGUGUCUACACAGCUGCAUAUUCCGUUGCUUAUGCUUUGCAUGCCAUGUACUCUUCUAGGAACAACCAAAAGGGAAUUGCAAAUGGAUGGAGACAGAAAGUUCAUCAACAGUCGUGGAAGAUGCAUCACUUUCUUAGGUAUGUCUCAUUUAAUGACAGCAAUGGAAGAACUAUUUCUUUUGACCAAAAUGGAGAAUUAGUAGGAGGAUUUGAUAUUAUCAACUGGAUCACAUUCUCAAAUCAGUCUUUUCUUAGAGUCAAAAUUGGAAAGCUGGAUCCAGGAGCACCCUUAGACCAACUUUUGACUAUUUCCGAAAAGGACAUUGUCUGGCCAACCCAGUUUGGACAGACACAGCCCAUUUCAUUGUGUAAUGAGAAAUGCCAUUCAGGUUAUAGAAAGAGCACCAAAGAAGGAGAACACUUUUGCUGCUAUGAUUGUACUCCAUGUUCAGAAGGGAAGAUCUCCAACCAGACAGACAUGGAUGAUUGCAUUCAGUGCCCAGAUGAUCAUUACCCAAAUAAAGACCAUGAUUCAUGUGUUCCCAAACCUUUCAGUUACCUAUCCUAUGAAGAUAAUUUGGGAACCAGUUUGGCCACAGUGGCUCUUCUGUUUUCUUUUACUACAAUUUACAUUCUAGGAAUCUUCUUGAAGUAUCACAACACUCCCAUUGUCAAGGCCAACAACCGCAGCCUCUCCUACAUCCUUCUCAUCUUCCUUCUUCUCGCCUUCCUUUCUUCCCUGUUAUUUAUUGGUCGACCCACAAGUAUGACUUGUCUUCUUCGACAAACUGCUUUUGGCAUCAUCUUCUCAGUGGCAGUUUCUUGUAUGUUGGCCAAAACAAUUACAGUGGUUCUUGCAUUUAUGGCCACUAAGCCAGGAUCAAAGAUGAGGACGUGGAUUGGAAAUCGACUAGCCCUUUCAGUUGUUUUUUCCUGUUCUCUUGUACAAACUCUUCUUUGUGUAGUCUGGCUUUCCACCGCUCCCCCUUUCCCAAAUGUUGACAUGAACUCUCUUAGCACUGAAAUUAUUCUGGAAUGUAAUGAAGGCUCUGUUGUGAUGCUUUAUUGUAUAUUGAGCUUCAUGGGUCUUUUGGCUAUUGUCAGUUUUGUUGCAGCUUUCCUAGCCAGGAAAUUACCAGACACUUUCCAGGAAACCAAAUCCAUCACUUUCAGCAUGCUGAUCUUUUGCAGUGUCUGGUUGUCCUUCAUACCUGCCUACAUGAGUACCAAAGGCAAAUAUAUGGUGGCAGUGGAGAUCUUUGCCAUCUUGGCCUCCAGUGGGGGGCUACUGAUUUGUAUCUUUUCCCCAAAAUGCUAUAUCAUCGUGUUGAGACCUGACUUUAAUAGAAAAGAGAAUCUGAUAAAACGAAUCCAUUAA